AGUCAAUUUACCUACCAUUUACUUUUUUGCUUUUUACGAAUUACACCCGAUUACACAUUCUAAGAUCUUCUAUUUAUAUCGUUUAUUUUCCAAAAACAAAAUAUUAAUAUAAACUUAAAACAAACUUUACACGUGUAUUUUCCAAAAAAACAGUAUCGAUUUUAAGUAAGAUACCAAUAAUUUUUAUUGAUGAGGAACUUGCGGAAUGUCCGGACAUAGAUACAUAAGCAACACUAGUAAUCUAUUUGAAGAUGAAGAUGUCGACGAUGAUACUUUCGUUAAUAGCUACGCAUCCAGGAGGCCGCCCCCCCAGCCUAAAUGCCAAACAUCUUCGUAUAUCUCCGACUUGGAACGACAAAGACAAACAAUGCUUCAAAAACAGAAGGAAAUUGAGCAAAGGACUCUAGAUUCAUCUUCGAGAAGCAUAGGUUUAUUGCGAGAAUCUGAACAAAUUGGAAUUGCUACUGCUGAAGAACUUGCCCGUCAAAGAGAACAACUACAAAACACCAGCAGAAGACUGGACGAUAUAAACACAAAUUUAACAUACAGUCAGAAACACCUGAAUGGCAUUAAAUCAGUGUUUUAUGGUUUUAAAAACUAUCUUUCUGGAAAAUCAGACCAGACACCGCCAAAAAGCCAGGCAUCACCUAGCUCCACUAGCAGUAAGCCCGGUCCAAGUGCAAGAUUGGAUGAGACCCUGGAUGGUUGGAGUGGAACCACUCCAACGGAACGCUUCAGUAGCCACCCUACUACUCGUCUACGUGGCUUGGAUCAAGAGCAGGCCACUGUAGAACCAAUUUCUGACUCACAGAGAAUUAAUAAAAUGUUGGAUGCAAACUUAGAUGAAAUGGUACAUCACAUUUCAAGGUUAAAAGGCUUAGGUGUGGCUCUCGGUGAAGAAAUUGAAACUCAGAACAAUUUGAUAGAUGAAAUUCAUGAUAAAGUUGAUACAGCUGAUAUUAAAAUUGGUCACCAAAGUAAACAAAUGAAUAAGCUACUUGGCAAAUAAUAACUAACAUUCAUUUGCCAUGCAUUGAUAAAAUUUGAGAUUUAUUCCAAGACACAGUACGCAAAAUUACUUCCUAAACUCUAAAAAGAAACUGUACCUUUGUUUUAUUUUAUAAUGCAUGUAUUAUUAUUAAAAUGAUUGUUAUAUUGUUAGUUUAAAUGAAUAGAUGGAUCAAUGUCAAUGGUACAGGGAAGUAUUUUUAUCUUUUAGUUCAUUAUGUUCUCUAUAACAUGCACCUUAUCAAUUAUUUCAAUGCUACCGCUGUAAUUAAUGUACAUAUUGUUUCACCUUUUUGUAUCCUAAAUGUACAUUCUGAAAAUAUAUACUUGUUUAUCUUA